AUGGCAGAGUUGGAGGACAUCGAUGGUAAACAGUCAAUGACUGGUGAAUUGGAUUUAAUGAGAAUUGACAAACAUGUUGGAAAUGUAAAUGAGCAAAAUGAGAAUGGAAAUACUGCGCUUCAUUUGGCAAUUUCAAGUAAUUCCGAUAUAGGAAUAUUAAGAUCCUUGCUGAUUAAUGGUGCUCAAUUGGAUAUCACAAACAAUGAUGGAUAUACACCUCUUGAAUGUCUUCAACACGGAUCAUGGAAAACAGCGCUGAGUUUGUUAAAGUUAGAGAAACAAUUUGAUUUUCGAGACAACAAUGGUGGAACGUUACUACAUUCGUUGAUGGAUAGGUUAGGCGAUAAUAUUUGGGGAAUUGUAAGACCAGAUGAUAUUGAGGUUGGUCAUAUCGGUCAUGUUGAACAGGAUGAGCUUAUCGGUCUAUUCUGGGAAGGUAUUCUGAGAGAAAUUCAUGAAUAUCAAAUUGAUUUGAAUCUUCAGGAUAACUUUGGAAAUACGCCGUUGCAUAUCGCUGCUAAUUUCUGGCCCUCUUCAAAAAACUUAGAUGUAAUGCUCACUCAUUUCGACAAUAUCGAUCCAUUUAUUUGUGAUUGUAGUGGCAACUCAUUCCUUCACGUCUAUUUAACAAGACAUAGUGUCCAUGAUGAGACCGAAUUCGACAAACGCCUUUUCCAGGGGGUAUAUCGCAACCUCUCAAUGCAUAGAAUAGAAAAAUUACUCAACACUCAAAAUAAUGAAAUGGAAACACCAUUGCAUGUUUUUGUUAAAACUCAGUUCAACAACGUGAAUGUAUCCAAUUUGAAGCGAAUAAUCGAAGCAGGUUCAAGUGUCAACCUUAAAAACAUACUUGGAGAAACAGUACUUCAUUGCCUAUUCCGAAGGGAAAUGGACACAGACUAUGAUAAUGCUGACAUCACUAGUAACGUAUACGAAGAUUCAAACAUUGAAAACAAGAUCCAGAAUAUCAAAGAAAACUGCAGGUUUCUUGUUUCCAGAGGUGCUGAUAUAAAUCUGCAAAACAAUAAGGGAGAAUCUCCCAUCUUUCUCGCUAAUUCGGAAAGUGUUGUCGGUACUAUGAUAGAUAUUGGUGCUGAUGUUAAUAUUACAAAUAGUUUAGGACAAUCGUUGUUAAUUUCAGUUGUGAAUAAACGCGAUGUAAAUUUGGAUAUUAUUCGACUGUUGUUAAUGAGAGGUGUUAACGUAAACUUAGUUGAUAUUCAUGGUAAUAAUGUCUUGCAUUUUGUUGCAUGGCAUGGUACAAACCCGGAUAUACUUCCAGAACUUAACAAACAGGGCGUUUCCGUCGUAACUGACAAUCUGGGACAACUACCAUGCACUGUUGCCUAUAAUAGAGGAAAUUACGUUCAAUUUAAACAUGUGUGCAGGUGCCCCGGGGAGUUGCACAUACAGAGAGAUCAUUUCUUAUUGACGAAGGAAAUUAUAUCAGUUCAAGAACUCAAAGAAAAUUCAAAAAAGUUUGAUGGGAUCUUUAAGAGAUUUCAACCUUUCCGAGGAAACAUACAUGAACUCCUGCAUUUACCUAGCUUUGGACCAAUUACAUUUGAGGGCGAGUCAGAUUUGAUCAAAUCAGUUGUAAAGGACCUUGUUGUAGCUAUCUGCAAGAAAAUAACUGAAAAGCACGACUACUUCUCGAUAUCUCUUGUUGAUUCUGGUAGUGUUUCAGAGAAGACAAAGGUAAAUCUGCCAAACGAAUUCGAUUUUUUGUGUAUUUUUAAAGAACUAGGUAAAAUAUGUUUUAUUGAUGAAGAAAAAACGGAUAGUGAUCCAGGUUAUGCAUACUUGAAGUUAAAAGAUGAAUACAAGGACCAUGCAUGCAAAGUACUUUUUGACGAUAAUGGAUAUCUUGACACAUUUCAGAUCCGUGAUAGAAUAUAUACUGUUAUUGACGACUUAUUUUUGUCGCAGGAAAUUUUUUCUCAUCCUAAUAUGUCAUAUGUUCAAGACCAUUUUAAGGGUGCAGACUGUCCAACAUUUCAUUUUACUGUUUUGUGGCAAGGAUGUAUGUAUAAACAUUUGAAAAUAGACAUUGACUUGGUUCCUUCCUGUCAGAUAAUGGGCUGGUGGCCGAAGUAUACAAUCAUUAAUUCAAUUUACUGUGAUGCUCAGAACAUUUUAGAUGAGGGUGCCGUUUUGAUUAUUCAGACUGAAUUAGAUGACGACAAUAAUCCAUACUCAAAGCAAAGAGUUUCAGCAAUCAGAGCUGAGCAAUCUCAUAUGCGAGGAUUACCACAGAUUGCAAUUGAUGCAUAUCUUCUGUCAAAAAUUGUGUGUAACUCUCCUGUGUAUGCUUAA